AUGUCCUACGACGAUAUUGAAAACGCUACGCCUGAUAUUGUUAUCGGGGGCACUAUUGAAGAUCCUGAAGAAGACCUUCAAUAUGAGCACGAUAUUGAAAAAGAAGAGGAAUCCGCAAAAGUGAAGAAAUCAGUUGCAUUUGCUGGUUUAGAUGAUGAAUUCGAUGAAGAAGCUGCCAAGAAAGAGUUUGAAGAAGGUGGUGGAUUGCCAGAACAGCCGGAUGAUGUCGAUUUUAACGAGUUGACCCCAUUAUCCGACGUAAUUAUCAACAGACAAGCUACAAUCAAUAUUGGUACUAUUGGACAUGUCGCUCAUGGAAAAUCGACAGUUGUGAGAGCCAUUUCGGGUGUUCAAACUGUGCGUUUCAAGGAUGAGUUGGAAAGAAAUAUCACAAUUAAAUUAGGUUAUGCAAAUGCUAAGAUCUACAAAUGUGACGAUGAGUCUUGUCCCGAACCAGGCUGCUACAAAUCCUUCAAGUCUGACAAGGAAAUUAGACCGAAAUGUUCUCGCCCUGGCUGUAAUGGGCGUUACAAGUUGCUUAGACAUGUGUCAUUCGUUGAUUGCCCAGGUCAUGAUAUUUUGAUGAGUACUAUGUUGUCAGGAGCAGCUGUUAUGGAUGCUGCUCUAUUAUUGAUUGCAGGCAAUGAAAGUUGUCCUCAACCUCAAACUUCGGAGCAUUUGGCUGCUAUUGAAAUAAUGAAGUUAAAGCAUGUCAUCAUUUUGCAAAACAAGGUUGAUUUGAUGAGAGAAGAAUCAGCUUUGGAACACCAAAAAUCUAUCUUGACAUUUAUUAGAGGAACUAUUGCAGAUGGCGCUCCUAUUGUUCCAAUUUCUGCCCAAUUAAAGUAUAACAUAGAUGCUGUUAAUCAAUUUAUUGUGAAUUCCAUUCCUGUUCCCCCAAGAGACUUCUCCGCUUCUCCAAGAUUGAUAGUCAUUAGAUCCUUUGACGUCAAUAAACCGGGUGCUGAAAUUGAUGACUUGAAAGGUGGUGUUGCCGGUGGAUCGAUCUUGAGCGGUGUUUUCAAGAUUGGCGAUGAAAUUGAAAUAAGACCUGGUAUUGUGACGAAGGACGAUAGUGGUAAGAUUCAAUGUAAACCUAUCUUUUCUAAUAUUGUGUCCUUAUUUGCCGAACACAACGAUUUGAAAUUUGCUGUUCCAGGUGGAUUAAUUGGUGUUGGUACCAAAGUUGAUCCAACCUUAUGUAGAGCAGACAGACUAGUUGGACAAGUUGUUGGAGCUAAGGGUGACUUACCUUCUAUCUACACUGAUAUUGAAAUUAACUAUUUCUUGUUAAGAAGAUUGUUAGGUGUUAAGACUGAAGGGCAAAAGCAAGGUGCUAAAGUUAGAAAGUUAGAAGUUGGUGAAGUUUUAAUGGUCAACAUUGGUUCAACUGCAACAGGUGCCAGAGUUGUCGCUGUUAAGGCCGAUAUGGCACGUUUGCAAUUAACUUCCCCAGUUUGUACUGAAGUUAACGAGAAGAUUGCCUUGUCAAGACGUAUCGAAAAGCAUUGGCGUUUAAUUGGAUGGGCUACUAUCAAGAAGGGUACCACCUUGGAACCAAUUGCAUAAAUCCAUAGAUCACAAAGAUGAAGAAUUUACGUAUAUCCUCAUUUAUAAUAAGCGUAUAGUCGUUGCAUAUAUGUUUUAUUUCUG